UUAAUGUCUGGUCUUCUACCAAAUUCAAAACUCGAAACCUCUGUUCUUUCCAUAUGCCUUUCAAGCACAUCAUUGCAUUACAACAUACCAUUUGGGAUCAGCGUAGCUGCAAGUACACGAAUUUCAAAUGAAUUAGGAGCUGGAAAUCCACGGACAGCUCAAAUAAAUUCAUUCAUUGUAGUGGCUUUAACGGUGGUGGAAACAGUCAUAGCCAGCACAAUACUUUUCUGUUGCCGCCAUGUUUUCGGAUAUGCUUACAGCAAUGAAAAGGAUGUUGUAAAUAAAGUCACAGAAGUAGUUCCCCUGAUGUGCCUUUCAAUUAUUACGGAUGGUUUACAUGCAAUAGCUUGCGGGAUCGUCAGAGGAAUUGGCUGGCAACAUAUUGGAGCCUAUGCUAAUCUUGCGGCAUAUUAUCUCAUUGGAAUUCCUGCAGGGGUUUUAUGUGGUUUUGUUUUGCACUUAAGGGGACAAGGACUCUGGGUUGGAAUGUUGACAGGGUCUAGCGUACAAGGGAUUCUUCUCGCUUUUGUGAUCGCUUUUACAAAUUGGAAGAAACAGGCAAUCGGGGCAAGGGAGAGAAUAUUCCAGGGAACAUAUGCUGAGAGUGGAUUGUACUGAAGAAGCUAUAAAGUAGGCUUGGGCUGAGAGAGGUGAGCGCUGAGGGAUACUUGCACCAUUCCAGUCCAAACAAUUCAUGUCAUUUUACCUAAGGCAACCAUUUGUGCCAUUUUUCUGAUAUAUUAAAAAAGCAAUCUAUCCUGGUCCCGGAAUGCAGAGAAUCUGCUUCAAUUGCAAGCAGACUUUUUGGCUACUCCCCUGCUUGUUGAUUUCUCGAAAUGAUUACGCUAUCCCUUAAAAUCAUUGUAGUGGCAAUUGGCAUUUGCAAAUCAUGUCUGUCUACAUUUUUCACAUGAUGACGCCAUGCAACUAAAUAAGGAUCAAAGAAAAAUAGUUGCAAAUCAUGUCUGUCUACCAAAAAAAAAAAUUUCUAAGUUCUACCAGCAGACUACCCCAGCCACA